AUGUCAAUGUCCCUCGAAGACGUGGCCGCGCAACCCCGCGAGCCUCGCCCGUUCCCAAACACCCCCAGCAAUGUCCUGGAACAAUUCAACAUGAAAGGCAAAGUCGUAGCCGUCACCGGAGCGUCCGAAGGUAUCGGCUUCGCAGUCGCUGAGGCGAUCGCUGAAGCCGGCGGCGACGUUGCACUGAUAUACAACUCAAAUCCAGCAGCGCACGAGAAAGCGAAGCAGUUAACCCAGCAACAUGGUGUUAGGGCUGCGGCGUAUCAACUGGAGAUUUCGAACCCGGCAAAGGUUGAGGAAGUCGUCAAUAAGAUUGCGAGUGAUUUUGGGAGGUUGGAUGUGUUCGUGGCCAACUCGGGCGCGGCCAUCAGUAAGCCGAUUUUGGAAAUGAGCAUUGAGGAGUAUAGACAUCUUGUGUCUGUUAACUUCGACGGCACAUUCUUCUGCGCCAAAUACGCCGGCGCCAUCUUCAAGAAGCAAGGCUUUGGAAACUUGAUCAUCAACGCAUCGAUCUCUGCCCACAUCGUCAACGUUCCCGUUGAUCAGCCGGUGUACAACGCUACAAAGGCUGGUAUCCUGCACCUGGGCAAGUCACUGGCGAGGGAGUGGAGGGAGUUUGCUCGUGUCAAUAUUGUCAGUCCGGGCUUCUUUGAUACGAAGCUGGGAGCGGCGCCGAAGGUGCAAAAUGAGGCGUACCGUAUGGCCGUGUUGGGGCGACAGGGCCAUACGAAGGAGAUCAAGGGGUUGUUCUUGUACUUGGCGAGUGAUGCGAGUUCGUAUCAGACUGGGAGCGAUACUAUCAUCGAUGGUGGAUACACAUUGCCGUAG